GAGGCAAAUUACUUAGAUGCAACACAUUCAGUAUGGGACAAUCUCAGGCACUAUCAGCAUUCAAGAAGGAUUUAGCGGCCGCUUUAAAUAAUGACGACGAACUAUUCGCGCUUCCAGACGAACCAUUUUACAUCAAAGAUCACGUGAAGCGAUACAAUCUUGACAUAGAAACUACUCCUCUCGCGGUUACUUACCCAAAGACAACAGCACAAGUUUCAAGCAUCGUCAAACUUGCCAAGGACAACAAUCUCAAGGUUCAGGCAAAAUGUGGUGGUCAUUCAUACGCCAACUUCUGUGAUCCGAACGGCGGUAUCAUUGUGGACCUCAAGCACUUCCAGAAGUUUGAAAUAGACGAGAAUACCUGGAGAUGUCGCGUUGGUGGUGGAACACUGCUUGGUGACCUUACGAAGCGCAUGUUUGAGCCUCACAAGAGAGCCAUGGCACACGGUACUUGCCCAACCGUAGGCAUCGGUGGCCAUGCAACUAUUGGUGGACUCGGUCCCAGCUCCAGACUUUGGGGCGCCGCUCUGGACCAUGUCGAGGAGGUCGAAAUGGUCGUUGCCAAUGGCGACGUGAUCAGGGCAAACGAAAACGAGAAUUCUGACAUUUUCUGGGCCGUCAAAGGUGCGGGUGCCUCCUUUGGCGUCAUCACCGAAUUUGUUGUUCGGACCGAGCCAGCGCCAGGGAGAUUGGUGCAAUACUCCUAUUCUUUCACCACCGGUUCGUGGAAAGACAUGGCGAAGACUUUCAAGGCAUGGCAGACUUAUGUCAGCCAACCGGACUUGACUCGUUCAUUUGCCUCAACUGCGACCAUCACCGAAUUAGGCCUUACCAUCUCCGUAACGUACUUCGGCACAGAUGAAGAAUUCGACAAGAUCAACUUCGCUAAAAACUUUCCCGGCAACCAGACACCGAAGACAAUCGUUUUCGAUGACUAUUUGGGCGCGGUUGGACAUUGGGCCGAGGAUGUUGCACUAGAGAUCAUUAGCCCUUUGCCAGCACAUUCAUACACCAAGACUUUGACGUUCAAUCAUUGCAACCAGAUUCCGGACUCUGUGAUCGACAGGAUGUUCAAGUAUUUCGAGGAAGUGAGCAAGGGCACUCUGGUGUGGUUUGCCAUUUUUGAUCUCGCAGGUGGAAGAGUCAACGACAUCCCUCAGGACGCUACCGCCUACGCGCACCGUGAUGCUUUAUUUUACCUUCAAUCAUAUGCCGUCAACCCGUUUGGGCCAGUGUCUAAUAAAUCAAAACAGUUUCUCCAGGGCCUGAAUAAGGUGAUCAGGGAUGGAAUGGCGGAAGCUGGGGAGAACACGGACCUCGGGGCCUACGCUGGCUACGUCGAUCUAGAGCUAGGGGCGGGAGCCCAGAAAGCCUACUGGCGAACCAACCUUCCAAGGCUUGAAUCCAUCAAGCUCAAGUGGGACCCAGAAGAUGUCUUUCACAAUCCGCAAAGCGUGCGUCCCGGAGGCAACGACGUGAUCUCUACACCAAAGGUUGUUUACAAAAAAGCAGGAUUUCUGGCGCGACUAAAGGGCUGCUUCCGAUAG